AUGACCCUGGACUGGGGCAAUCCUGCAGACACAGCAAACCGCCGCCUUCAUCUCCGAGAUUUCUACCAAUAUCACGGGGUAGAGCAUGGCUAUGAACAGCUUUUCGACGCUUGCGAGCGCGACGUUUGCAAGAUGCUACGGUCAUUUGGCGAAUCUACGUUGUCCGAGCUGAAAUUCAACUACUAUGUCGACUUGGUGGUUUGGAGGCGCACUUUCAAUACUUUUGAGCCCUCUCAACAGCCCCAGUGGCCCUUCCGUGGAGUCCGCGACCGCUUUGAUGAAUGCGGCCCGCCCUCUCAGGUCUACAGCGACUUUCUGGCGAAAGAACGCGAAACAGCGUCCCCCACCCGCACCACGACUCUCUCCGCCACUUCUGCGGAAGCUGAAGCUACGCCUGAGGUCGAUGAGCACACAGAAGAGGGCAAUGCUGUCUUGGAGGAGACCCAGGGCCCCACGUCGAUGGACUUGAACACGGCAGCCAAUCCUCAGGCUCAGCAGCCUGCAAAGGCAAGUCGAAGAUUGGACACGACGGACCACGCAGCCGAUUCCACCGCUGAGCGACCCGCAAAGCGGCUCUACCGAGCUCGGGAGCCAGUCUACAGCCGCGGCUUCGUCCAGCGCCUGGAGCGUCGAAUUCACCAGCUCGAGACCACGAACCGUGCUUUGAAAGCUGCUAGCCCGACUCGCGUCCCCGCGUCUGGGGUGGAGGUGGUUCAGGAACCGCCCGGCAGCGACGCACUGGCCAAAGAGGUCAGCUUCCUUUCGACCAGCGCAGGCGGCGAUCGCUUCUUCCUGGGCCCCACGAGCGGCAUCCUCUUUGCCAGCCUCGUCAAGGCUGGAUUCCUCGAGGAUGACUCCAGGUUGGCGGCAACCCCGUCAGGCCUCGACGCAUUCGGGAGCCCCGGCGCAGAAGAGCGUGCCGACGACAGCCUACCGCCGGAACAGCUCGCCCGAGGCCUCGUCGACGCAUACUUGGCUCAUGAUCAUCUGGCAUAUCCCUUUCUGCACCCGGGAGCGAUUCGCUCGGCGGUUGACUGCAUGUACACUGACGGUCCGGGACGCUCGCACGCCUUUGAGGCCUUCAUGUUCAACAUGAUUCUCGCCAUCGCGUCGUCUCAAGCCUCGAAGAUGAAUUGGCAGGCGUUUCCAGAUGCAAAUACCCAUCAUCAACGGGCAGCCAAGUAUCUCAACGCGGUGCUAUGCAAUGGCGGGCUCAAGGCCCUACAAGCCAUGCUGCUGCUGUGCCAGUUCCAACUCACGAGCUCGACUCGAGAUGCUUCAGCUAGUCUGUGGCACGUGGUCGGCAUUUCGGCUCGCAUGUGCUUUGAGCUUGGGCUACACCGGGAGGCUGUCUACCAGGUCGCGCGGUCUGCAACGUCGCCUAACGACUUUGAGGAUAACAACGUUCGGCGAACCUGCUUCUGGUGUGUGUUUGCGCUCGAUCGUGUUGUAUCCAUCACUCUUGGUCGGCCCCUAGCAAUAUGCAGAGAAGACGUCGACGUUGACAUGCCCAGCCUCGGCUUUGGUGACGCCAGCCCGCCUGCGCGGGACAUUGGGGCCCAAGACGCAAAUGUACCGAGUUCGCGUCUCGCGCUCUUCAAACACAUCAUCCGGUACCGCGACAUCUGCGGCCGAUGUCUGGCAACACUUCAUCGAAGCGGCAGAAAUUCUACACUACCUGAAUCGGAGAAGGCGCGGAUACGACAAGACCUCGCCGACGAGCUGCAGCUCUGGCGGGCAGACACCGACAGCCUGAACCUCAUUGAGAUGGAUCUCUCGACGCCCCUGGCCGAGGCGCGCUCCAGCUUUCGAUGCAAGGCGUGGUACGAGUUGCUGUACCACAACGGCGUCCUCCUGCUUUACCGGCCGUCCUAUGCGACCAUGGCCGACAAUGACGACACCAACAGCAACGUCUUUUCGGCCGCCAAGGAGUCCAUCAAGCUGUAUUCGUAUCUCUUUCGCUCCCGUAAGAUCAACUUUUCGUGGAUGGUGUUGCAUGCCGUCUUCCUUGCCGGGCUGUCCUACAUUUACGCCCUAAGCCGACAUUUCAGGGAGAUGCGGCACUCAGGACAGCACCAUCAGCUCACACCCGAGCCAAUCCUGGUGGAGAUUGUCAACGACUGUCGCGCAUGCUCCAACGUCUUGGUGGCCGUUUCGGAGCGCUGCAACUCUCAAAAGAACUGCCACGAGGUGUUUGACCGCCUGAGCGACGCCGUGGUCAAGGAUGCCGUGGACGCCCUGUCGGGCGCUCGCCGGCCGCCGACGGCCAGAGUCGCGGGACCCGCCACGUCACCGCCAUCACAGCCUACAGCACACCAUCAGGCGACUGCCACUGAACUGCCACUGGUAGCAGGCUCUGCUGACAGCGUUCUCAGGGACUGCUUCCCUGAGUUGCAGAGCAUGUACGACGCGCAAUGGGGCGACGAUGCCAUAGUCCAGCUCAGCACCGACUGGUUCAACCAGACAUUUCCCGAGGACAACACGGCGUACGGAUGGAACAUGCAGAGCUAG